AUGUUCCAGGAUUCAGCUCGCGACGUUCGUGUCGAGGACAACAGAUUCUUGGCUGCUGAACUCAGACAGACUGACGGUAACUGGCGUUUCGCGCGAGUAGAUCUAAAUGAGCAUAUCGGAAACGAGAAUGGCCACUUUCAAUGGGGUGGAAGGAACUUCUCCGAGACUGCCAGAAACGUUCACUUCGGGUUCGAGGGCGGUGCACAUGUCCCUGUGCUCCGCGCCGAAUUGCGCACCCCGGCUGGUACAUGGGAGCCGCGCGAUGUCAACCUUGACGAACGUGUCUUCAAUAACAAUGGACACUUUGAGUUCCAGUACUAA